AUGUUGGCACAAGCCAUAGACGAAAAUCUUAUCGUCUGCACUGGAAAGACGUAUAUAUCCGUUAUGUUGAUAAAGGAAUUAUCAGCAUCAACAAAUCUGAAACUUUGUGAUGAUGGUAAACGAACCAUAUUUCUAGUUAAGCAAGUGACACUUGUUCAUCAACAAGGUGACUAUAUUUCUAUGCAUACUGGAAUGAGUGUAGGAAAAUAUUAUGGUGAACUGGAUAUCGAGCUAUGGGAUAAAUCUAAAUGGGAUAAUGAAUUUGAAACACAUCAAGUACUUGUCAUGACUUCACAAAUAUUUCUAGAUAUAUUAACUCAUACAUAUGUCUCUUUAUCACAAGUCAAUUUAUUAAUAUUUGAUGAAUGUCAUCAUGCCACUGGCGCUGAUUCAUACGCUGUAAUAAUGAAUGAACAUUAUGAUAAUACUUCUGGUAAUAUGCCACGAAUACUUGGUUUAACAGCAUCAAUUACAUCAAGAAAAAUUAAAGCUCAUAAAUUAGAAAAAGAAAUGCAACAACUUGAAUUAACAUUAAAAUCUCGAAUAGAAAGUGGUUCAUCUCGAGAAGAGAGUCGACGACAUGGAACAUCGGCUGUAGUAAAAUAUAUUCCAUGUAUACCGUAUAAAUUGAAUUGUAAUGAUAGUGUAAAAAUGUCAUUUGAGAUCUUAAAUAAAAUAUCAUUAGAAAUUGAAAAACAUCAUUCAGAAUAUCGUAGUAAACGAGAUGAACAAGAGAAUCAAUUAAGUGAAGUAAUGUUAUUUACAGAUUAUCGACAUACAAAUAUGAUUAAUUAUAAUGAACAAUCGGCAUGUUACAUGCAAAUAUGUCAGUCACAAUCUAUAACUGUACCAAAAUUAAAACGACAUAUUGAUAAUAUUAAACAUAUGGGUAAUGAUCUUGGUUUAAUGGGACUCUAUUUAGCAUGUUUACAUUUAAAAACUUAUUUGAAAGAUGAUUUAAAUAAUCAAUUUUCUCCAAUGAAUUUUAAUAAAUCUCAAGAAUUGUUUAUGAAUGUUUAUAAUAAAAUUGAAUUAAUGACCGAUACUAUAUUGUACAAGUUGAUUGAAGAAAAUUCAACAAACUAUCAUCUCUUGUACAGUGAAAAAGUUUGUUUGCUAUUGGAACAGAUUGUUGAACAAUAUGCUUUAACAUUAUCAUUUGAAACGUAUGACUGUAGUCAUUCACCAAUGAAAUGUAUCAUUUUUGUUGAAAGAAUAUGUACUGCUAUUUUAUUAUCAGAAUUAUUAGAGAAUAUGUGUCAGAUAAGAUAUCCAGAGUAUAAAAGUAUAAAAUCAACACAUAUUGCCGGUACAAAAUCAUUUGGUAUUAAAGAUCCAAUGAAUGCAAAACGUCAACGUCAAAUUAUUAAUGAUUUUCGUAGUGGAACAAUAAAUUGUUUAAUAGCAACAGCUGUCGUCGAAGAAGGUCUUGAUAUACCACAAUGUAAUCUUGUAUUUCGAUUUAAUAAACCAAAUAAUUUUUGCUCAUAUAUGCAGUCAAAAGGACGAGCUCGUGCGAAACAAAAUGCCUCGUUUAUAAUAUUGAUGUCAUCUGACGAUCACAAAGCUAUGACAGAAUAUCGUGAAUACGAAGAGAUUGAAGAAAUAUUACAAAGUGAACUUUAUUUUCGUUCAUCCUCUUUUGAUGAUGAUAUUGAAGAUGCCACAAAACUCCCACCAUACGUAACAGAAAACGGUGUUGUCAUUGAUGCAACACGAGCUGUUCGACUUAUUUACGAAUAUUGUGCUAUACUUGGUCACGGUCAAAUAUUUCCACCGAGAAUUUUAUUUCAUGGUAAUGGUCCAUAUUCAUGCAUUCUCUCAAUGCCCGCGAAUUGUCCCGUUCGAGAUGAUGUUAUAUCAAUGUGGGUUAGCACAGAAGCAUCGAUGAAAGUUGCGAAAUAG